AUGGAGUAUGUAGGGCCUUUAGUGCGGUAUGACAGCAUAACUGACGUGGAUCCGUUCACUUCGGCGGUGGCUGCUCACGGCGAUGUUAUUGUCACAGGCACGCAGUAUGGAGAUCUCAUUCUGAUAUACGGCAACCGUCGCGAACUCAUAUGCUCCUAUCAUGGUGCCAUAGUUGAUGUUCAGCUGCGAUGGUGCUCUUCGGAGCUUCUGAGGGACUUCGUUUAUGUUGUAUGCGCCACUUCGUUGGGGUACAUCUACGUGCACCUGGUAUGCGUCACCAACAUCGCAGCCUCGAGGGUUAUAUACAAGAUCAGAACGGGGCAAGAGGUGACGGCUUUGGCGCUGCAUCCGAGCUUUCUGCUGCGCCACAGGGUGCCACGCGGGCAUGCAGAUGACCAUCCAACGCUGCACAUGGCAAGGCCAAGGCGGGAUUCAUAUGGAAUCCAUACCCCUCAAAGACUGCGUAGAGAAACUACGCAAUCCUUACAGGAUGAGUCGCAUGUCGGGCGCAAUUAUUCGUUACCCAGCGAUGCCGGCCGUGUCGACGUUGCAGAGGCUCUCACCACCACCGCCAACAAACGAAGGGACACGUACGACUUGAGGCAUCUGCUGAUGCGUCGGCAGGAGAAACGUCACAACCAUAUGGGCAAGUUGGAGUACACUGAGUCUGCGAUUAUGUUUUCGCUUCGAAGCGGAGGGACAUACCUUUUGAGGCUGGACGAAUUAGGCAGUGAAGGCCCCGAACGAGCAUGCACACUCAUACACAGAUCAAGGCGAACGCGACGUGGGAUUCCUAUGGCUUGGCAUCGAGAUAUGCUGGCGUUAGCGGAUGAGGACGGGGCGCACGUGAUACUGCUCUCCGAGUGUGCCUCUGUGGCCUUUCUACCUCACUCGCCUCGCCUGGAGAUCGCAGCUGAUAGACCCAUCACAGACGAAACACGCGGAGAACUGGAGGAAAUCGAAGAAGUGGAUGAUCAUUAUGUCACAUCGGACGAGUCAGAUGUGGAUGGCCAUGAAGUUGAGCCUGUUGACAAUGCAGAGCAGUCGGAAAUAUCGCAAACGGAGACAGACGAUGCUGGAUCUAAGCGUUUGGUUAGGCGCGAAGGAUGGAACCGAGUCAGACAUAGCAGUCACGUUUCGCGUAGCGUUGAAAAGGACGUUGGCAAAAGUGAUAAGACGCAUUCCAGCGGUACCCAAAGUUUGCCGUGCGCUAAAAGUGAACCAAUGAGCCAUACGACGCCUGAGCAGCCCUAUGAACUCCCAUCGGCGCAUAUCGACGAGGAAAAUGGUAUUCAAACUCCACGUGCUCGUAAUGACGCGGCUGGUAUUAUCAAGUCUAUGCGGAGACGCGAAUACUGGGCAACUCAGUCGGAAUUAAACGUGUGCAGCGGUGAUGACAGCGAUUCGUACCCCGGUAUUUCCCAUAAAGGUAUUCUGUCAGACAGUUCUAGACGCUAUUCCUACAAUGCAGAAUGCAAUGUUGGUUAUACUGUGCACAGCAGGCGUGCCAUUAGGAGCCGCCGAAGUUCGCCUUCGCAUGAUACUUCGGAAACUGAUACGCCGCAUAUAGUCGCACAAUCUUCAGAUGAUACCACAGUGGGAAUUGACGACGCCAGGUCAACUGGAAGAACGAACUCCAAGUUAGGCACUGCAAUAAAGACGCAUCAUAUCAACAUAAGAAACACGGCACUCAACGUCAAAGGCAGAGAACCACUUGGUGUCGUGAUGUGUUGGUUAUCGCCAAGGGUGCUGCUGGUAGGCUCAAAAAACACGAUGCAAGUCGUAGACAUCAUUCCUUCGCUCAUGGGUAAAGGCGGGUUCGGGCACAAAAGCGUUACCACAAAGCGCAUCGAUUUUCUGGAUGUGAGCAACUCAGCCAUAAGAAUAGACGGCUACGGCGUGGCGCAAUACGUUUCUGUAAAGGAGAAACGCAUGCAGCGAAACGUUCCCUUAAGAGGUACUGUUUCAUACACCCUCAAGGCACCGGACACAUGCCGCAUUGCUGCCAUUAUGCGGCACAGCGGUAAAGGCUCAUUCUCCGUCAUAUAUGAAUUAGACGAACGUUCUAUAGCAACAGGUGUGUCUAAGAUAAAACAGGGGCAAGAUAGUUUUACCUUUAGAAUUGUACGUGCGCAAGAUGGUAGCCGCCGCAACGCCCCAAAAGAAUUACACGGUAUUGGAAGCGAGAACAAGGCGAUCUUCGCAUUCAACGCGUUUGAUCCGUGCUACAACGAUGUGUAUGUGAACGAAUCAUACAUGCAGUGCCUACGGGUCGGUGACGGCAGACGAGGGCUUAACCAACGGACGUUCCUACAACUGACGUGCAGGAUCACAGAACAAAGACUGGAAAUAUGUCGAGCCCAACAAUUUGUCAUGAACAACUUUUGCUGCUAUGACACGGAUAAUGUUGAACAUUGUCUGCAUCUGGUAGAUCAUCCAAAUCGUAAAUACGCCGAUACAUCGAUCAGAGCCUUGGUAUGCGGCGGCAGCUGUCCAGCGGACAAUGCCGCCAUAAAUUCGCUCAAUAUAAACAGUGAAAUGCUUCACUGUUUCAGUGACCCAGAGAAGUUUGAAACUCUUUGUAUUGUCGUGAGGGGGCUGUUGGUGACCAUAAAGGGAGCGACACUAAUGCAGCAUAUUGGCCAAUUAUGUCGGCAUCGAGCUCAUGAAGAGGCACUCUCAGAAAUUAUGCAGAUGUCGAGUGUAAGCACAUUGGGUGCUGAGUGUGACGUUUAUGUGCAUGAUGUUGCCAGAAAGGGGUUCGAAUGUUUCCUGUCUGCCAAAAGCGUCGAUGUACAAAAAAUCGUAAACCUAACAUUGCCAUACAUUCGGUACUGCGCUCAGAUGUCAGACGACCCCAAAAGAGCACAACACAUCCGAGAGUUAGUAGCACAAUUCGGAAAUCACAAAAGAAUGAACAUCCUUCUCGGACACAUCUUGCCACCUGCUAUGUCAAGUGCCAAGCGUGAAUGCCAAGACGUGUGCAAUCUUAUUCGACGUGAAGUAUUCAGCGUUGUGACCGCGGAUAUGCCUUUUGUGUUGCUUAGGUUGGCGUUGACGGUAAACUUAACCAUCGAGCAUCUAAGGGAAAUGGUCAAACUGCUGAAACAGUGCAUUACUACGUUGGCUUCUGAACCUCCGUCAAUAAUAGCGGAUACACCCUAUGAUCGUGCUAAAGAGGAGUGCCACCCUUCCCAUGUAAUACGAGAGUGUAAAGCAACUGGCAACAGGGGGGUGACGUGGAGUGUUGGUAAAUGGAGACGCAGCAACGCAAAGUGCAAUGCUGACCCGAAUGUUACGAAUUCAAAAAUGGAUCUUUUUGUAUGUGAUGCAUCACUUUUUCUGGGUGACGGAGAGAAACGGAUGAUGGCAAAUACACAUCCAAAAGAUGAGAAUGACGUAUUUCAUACUGUGGCUCUUAACGGCUCGAAUUAUGUGGAUUGUACGAAUAAUCUAUCAUUGGCGUAUGCCUUGUUAGAUCACGACUGCACAGAAAAGAGGGAACCACACCACAGUAGGGUCCAUUGGGAAGGGAUACUUAAAGAAACGAACAGAAUAGAUGUCGAACUCCUAAAACUAAGAGGUGGCAAUGUUCCCCUUGUAAACGAACAUUCCACCGAUUUUGAGUUACUGUCUCUUGCAUCUUUUGGGUCAAACUACAGUCUUGAGCAUUUUAUGUUGAUGGAUUAUGGACCCCUAGGACGUGCGGCUAUCAUAGCCUUGGGAGUGUUGCUCGCGAGAACCGGCCAACUCAGGCAGGCGUUCAAAUUUCUUGUGUACGCGCAGUGUACAAGUUCGAUAAACCUUGCCAAUGUCAUAUGUGAUUUAUACCCCGAUGCAGGGGAAUAUGUCAUGAAUGCGGCACUGCAGCUCUGCCGUAUAGAUCCCCAGUCUGCAAUCCAACUGCUAGUCGAGAACUCGAAGACGCCGGAGUAUAUCACCAAUGUGGUACGAACGCUGUCAUUAGAGCCAAAGUUUCUGUUUGGUUACCUGAGUGGUUUAUCUGCUAAUGGUGGACUUCCCAGCCAAUAUAUCCAACUCUUCUUCAGAUUAAGUUGCGUAUUCGAACCAUCGGGGAUCGUCACACUCGUUAAAAGUAUCGUGCCGCUGUUAAAGAGAAAUGAGAUUGGUAUCGGAGCCUUGCUUAGAAUUUUAUUAGAGGUGCGAAUUGCAAGGGCAGUAACACCGGUAAGUGAUGCUGGGAGCAGUCACGAGCCUAUGAUGCAAAAGGAACUCUAUUUCGCGGAAGCAUAUCUGAGGUAUAUUGCAGGUGAGCCCUGGAACACAGUAUACGACUGCGUCAUGAUGGCAUUGCGUUUCGACAUGAUGGGCAUGAGAGAUAGGGAUCCCAAAGAGCCAUCAGUAGGAGCCAUCUACAGAAGACUUCUGGCAUUGGUUCAACCGCUGUGGGACGGAGGUACAUCGUGGGUUGUGAUGCAACGGAUGAUGAGAGAAGUGUGUGAGCGUACUGCCGGCAGAAGCGUGGCUUCGGAUCUGGCAGCGGAAAUGUACUUGCAGUUCGUGAAAUACAAAUCGUACCUGCUAUGCGUACUGGAAGGUUCACAGAACAUCAGCAUGGCGCAAUAUUCCACUCAGCUUCUUGAUGUAGCGAAAAGAGGGAUGGUAUUCAACCCCGACAACGAGUUCGUGGCCUAUGCGGCGGUGCGUGAAGACCAUGGCACAACACAUAAGACCACCAAGGAUGCAAUUCUCAAGACUAAGUUUGUUGGCGCGAAGAAAUCAGAAUCCCACAACGUUUUGAAUGGCGUUAACGUCGGAUAUGCAGGUGAAACUCGUCGGCGUUGCCGGCUCGAGGGCGUGCCGGCACGGGAAUCAAUGGGUUCGUAUAACGGCAAAAACCUAUCAUGUGGUUUUGGUUCAUACAACCAGCUUAUAGGUCGUGAAAAGGUGAUCGGCUGCAGGCAUUUAUGUACAAUAUGGCGAUCGAGCUUGGGUCGCACCGGCAGGGUACGAAUCCUUCACACAGCACCCGGCCCGCAAGUGGCAACAGUGGCACUAUGGCAACGUGUAGAGAUAGCGAAGGCAUGA